AUGGAAGAUGCCUUUGUCGAAUGGAUCAAUACUUUCGACACAAAGUUGAAUCCUAUCGAUACGGUUGUCGAGUUAGCCGAUGGCGUCGUGUUUUCCAAAGUGCUCAUUGCCAUCGAUCCAAAGUGGUUUAAGCAGCUUAGUAGCACGCUGGAAGCCGCUGCCAUGUCAACCGUUACUGACGACAGGGACGAGAGUGGAACUUGGGUGUUCCGCCUGAACAACCAAAAAAAGAUCCAUCGAUUGAUCACGCGAUAUUUUGACGAGGUUUUGGGUCAAGACCCUGAGCAGCUACCGCCGAUUGAUCUAAAUGCUAUCGCUAAAGAAGCAAAACACUAUGAUCUAUUGCUUAUGUGCCAAUUGAUUGUUGCUAUUGCUGUGCAAUCUGAUAAUAAUCGAGCCUACAUUGAUAUGAUCCAAAGCCUAUCGCAGAAGAGCCAGCACAGCUUGAUGCUAUCGAUAGAAGAGGUCAUGCAUCAUUUUGAUGGUGAUACGGAUGUCGCUGCCAAUCCACGAUACUCAGAGUCUUCAAGUGUGGGAUCUCGAGGAUAUUUUAUGGACAGUGACAUUCCAUACCGUUACCAAGCCGAGUUUGAUCGUUUGAUUUCUGAAAGAAAACAUUUUGAAAGCUCUCAUGGACAAUUACUAGUCGACUAUGAAGAAUUAAAAGAGCGUCUUAAUGACCUACUGUCCGAGAAAAAGGAGAUGGAGGCGAGAUUGAGAGAUAUGGAAGAUGCAAUUGCUCAGAGCAGUACUACUGGCAAAGCGGACUUUGUAAUGCGCACUGAAAUCGAACAUCUCAAGCAGGACUUGGAGAGAUGCGAAGAGCAGAAGCUGGAAACGGAAAAUACGUUAGAAAAGCAACGCUUGUCAGUGAAUGAGUUACGACGCAAGGUGGAUGAACUGACGAUUAAGGCUGACGAGGCUGAAGCAUUGAGAUCAGAAUUGGAAGAGUAUCGGGAAGCAGUGGAGCGUAUGGCAACCAUGGAGAUCGCCCUUCAAAAAUAUGAACGAGACGCACAAGAAAGAGUAGAUUUGGAAGAUCAAAUCAAGGCCCUGGAACAGCAAAACACUGAUCUUUUAAAGCGAAGUCAAGAGGCCGAGGACGAAUACCGCAAACUCUUACGUUUCAAAACCAUUAUGGGUUCAUUCGAAGAGCAGGUACAGCAAUUGGCAUCAAGUAACCGCGAGCUUCUUGAAGAGAAGGGUCGAUUGGAAGAUGAACUCCAUAAGUUAAACGAGACUUGCACAUACCUGGAGGAAGACCGUGACCGAAAUGUAGAACAUGUGCAAUUAUUGGAAGAGCAAAUUAAAGAGCUCGAGUUAGGUGGUGGUACGUCUAUCGAAAAAGCGAUAAACCAUCGUGCCAGCGUUGUUAUCGACGAGACGAUAGAAGCAGAUAUGGAAGAAAAUAUGAAAAAAGCUAACAUCACUGAGCUUCGCCUGAAUAUCCAACGACUGAAAAACCAGAUCAAAGAGAUGGAGAAAAGGGAGGCGGCUUCGUCAACAACAAACAAUGGCCAACAUGCUGAAAAUGAGAUUAAUGACACUGAAUCCUCCAAGACAGGGUUGGAAAAGGAAUACAUGUCUAUCGUGGCAGAGCGUGAUCAAUUGCGCAAGGAGCUUGAGCAAAUUCGAAAGGGUAUCCCAGAUUCACUGCUGAACCAAGCGCAGACCAUCAUGGCAUUUCGAUCUCGAAUGCUGGACCUGGAAAAAGAAUCAAGCUAUCUCAAGGAGAGUACCAUCAACUUGGAAGCAGCUGUGCUUCAGGGAACUAGCAACAUUGCCAAGGAUGUUGCCUCGUUACAAAACUAUGAGAAAGAACACAGUAGGAUUCAGGACCGUCUCAACAGACUGGAGGAUAUCACCAAGAUGCAGCUCCAUGAUAUCAACCGUAUGCUGGUCGAAGCCAACUACUUGCAUGGGAUUAACGACGGGACUGUAAAAGAUAGGCCUCAACUUACAAUCCAAGAACUGGAAACUAUCAAGGAACAAAAUGCCAGUCUUCAGAUAUGUGUACUGAAUUUGCAAGAAGAGAUCAACGAGAGCCAAGGCAGGAUCCGCAAGGUUCGUGACUUGAUCAAGCUUUAUUCACAGCUUCUGGAAGAAAUGACUACGCGCUUUGGUGGUAUCAAUCAAUCAGAAGAUCAACCAACUUUGUUGAAUCGCACACCGCGCACUAAAGAGGAGGAGCACGAUCUGCUCAAGAAACAAAUUCAUGAUGUUCGAGCGCAAUCAAGAAGGGAGCAACAGCUGAUUAUUUCAGCGUGGUACGAUCUUGCCCGUCGUAACCAUCGUGAGGCUGCCAGCUUGUCUCUACGAUCUACACCAUCCUCCUGGCUUGGCCAGCAGCGGAAAAUACUGGAUAACCAGCUACGAAAGCGCCUAUGUUGA